GUGGAGGCCUCUGUGGGUAGAGUUCCCUGAUGAAUUAGAGACUUUUGGUGUGGAAGAUGAAUACAUGCUGGGUAGUGCUUUAUUAGUUCAUCCAGUUACAGAACCAAAAGCCACCACAGUUGAUGUAUUUCUGCCAGGAUCAAAUGAGAUCUGGUAUGACUAUAAGACAUUUGCUCAUUGGGAAGGAGGAUGUACUGUGAAGAUUCCAGUAGCCUUGGAUACUAUACCAGUGUUUCAACGAGGUGGAAGUGUGGUACCAAUAAGGACAACCAUAGGGAAGUCCACAGGCUGGAUGACUAAUUCCCCAUAUGGUCUCCGGGUUGCUCUAAGCACGAAGGAUUCUGCAGUGGGAGAGGUAUAUCUUGAUGAUGGUCAUUCAUUCCAAUACCUCCACCAGAAGCAAUUCUUGCACAGGAAGUUUUCAUUCUGUUCCAGUGUUUUAAGCAACAGUUGUGCUGAUGAGAGGGGUCAUUAUCCCAGCAAGUGUGUGGUGGAGCAGAUCUUGGUCCUAGGCCUCAAGAAGAAGCCAUCUUCUGUGAGCACCCACUCAUCUGAUGGUAAAGAUCAGCCUGUGACUUUUACAUAUUAUGCCCAAACAUCCACUCUGAGCCUGGAGAAGCUUUCCCUGAACAUUGGUGCUGACUGGGAGGUCCACAUCACGUGACAAAGACGAGCCCUUGGUGAUGUACACGGGAGCUGCCUGCAUCUGUGUACCCUUGCCUUGGUCUUUUUUGAGAUUUGUGCUGCAAUCUAGUUGGCUUCGUUGGCUUAAAAUAAUCUUUCACUAGUCUCUAGUGUACUGAUGAAUUUCAUAUUUUAAGAUCUCAUAUUUCAACCAGACUUAGUGUUGCAAGCACUUGGGAAACAGAAGCAGGAUAAUCAUGAGUUUGAGACCAGCCAGACAUGGCGGUACAUGCCUAUGAUCCCAGCUACUUGGGGAACAGAAGUAGGAGGAUUAUGGUCUGUGAUUGAUCUGGGCAAAAGAGUGAGACCUUAGCUGAAAAAAUUAAAAUCCGAAAAGCUUGUGGUGUGGCUCAAGUAGUAGAACACUUGCUUAGCAAGCACAAGGCCCUGAGUUUAAUUCCAAGUACUGCCAAAAAAAAUGAUUUCAGAUUUUUUAAAUGUAUUAGUAAUGCUCUGUACAAAUACUGCUCUUGUGAACCCACAGAGCCCUAAGACAUUGCUAGAGUUCAUAAGUUUUAUUGCCUCUUGGACUAUGUCCUGUGGUGAGUUCUGCAGCCCAGUGCGCAGCCUCUCCUGGAGCAGAACUGCAUGGAUUUGUUUUCAUGUGGGCUGAGCCAACUCAGGAGGUCCAUCGUUGGGGUUUGCUUGGGCCAUGAGGCUCAGUUGCUCUGGCUACUGCAGCAGAGUUGCCCAAGGCCAAUCUCCAAGUGAACAGUAGCACCUGGUUUGACCUACAAUUAUCUUUCACCCACAUCAAAGUGGACAAAACAACCCUGUUCUGAGAACACUGCAUAGGCUGCAGCAGUGGCCCCCAUAGACACUGACUCAGGAGCACAAAUGAUUUUCCCUCUGUGCAGCACAGGUCAAAAUUCCAAAUUAAUCUUCUUUGAAUUCAAAUUUCCUUGUUUUAAUUGCUUUUUAAUUAAAUACUAUCUACUAGCCAAAGAAUAUUUAUAUGAAUAAAUUACUGUGAAUAAUAGUAAAAUAAAUACCAUGUAUCUACCUCUGAACUUCAGAAAUAGAACACAGAGCUGGUCUAGGAUAAGGCAAGUGAGAGGCACUUGCCUUGGGCACAAUAAAAAAUUAAGUAAUAUUUUAAGGUACCAUUUUUUAAAAUCAAGAUUAAUACAAAAGCAUACUGAGCGAAAUACCGAAGUUUUAAAUAACUACAGGCUUAGCAUUAGGCUCCAAUCUGGCUUGUUUGGAACAGAACAUUAUACCAUACCAGUUGUUCUGGAGACCCCAGAUGACUCCCUGCUGCCUCUCACAGCAGCUGUUGGAGCAGCCUCAACUCCUCGGUGCUCCUCAGUAUGCACAUUUGCUUCUCAGGCUUCCUCCACCUAGUUCCUUACAACUGUCACUUUUGUGCCUUCCACUCCCUGCAGGGACCACAAUAUCCUUUCCUCCCUCCACCUACACAAAUCUCACCAUACCUAGAGGCCCAAUCCAAAUCCUGCUGUUCCUGAAGCCGUUCUAACUUCCCUAACGCCUCAACACCUAGUACCCACUAGCAGUGAUUUUGCCCUUCUCUGAAAUGCUGCCCCACAUAUAGGUGUGCCCUACUUUGCAUUCUAAGAGACUGUACCUUAAUGCUUCAAGGAUGUCUGUCUUUUUCCCUGCUACAUUGUAUGUUCUUUAGGAGCAUGUUAUACGUCUAAUAUUCACCGCAGCACCAUUACACUUGACCGUCAGAAACUGUUGGCUGUGAUUGGUUAACUGGAGGAUUGGAAAAAAAGUGAGAGCUGAAUAUAUUUGUUUCUGAUUUUUUUUUCUGACACAUGCUCUUUCCAAGUGCAGUAAACAUUGUGCAUUUCCUCAUGGACACAUUUCAUUGUAUCAUUUGAGAUUUGAGUUUUCCUUUGUAUAUAAGCUCAGGUAGACACAUGCAGAUUCCUUGCUUCUGUAUGGUUUUCAAUUGAGGAGAAAGGAAGAAUCAUAGAUGAGUCUUAGUUCCCAGCUUCAAAUUUCCCCUUGCCAAUUUAAAAUAAGACUUAGCCUGAAUACUGAGUGUUCUUCCCCAGUAUAAAUGGUUUUUAUUAACACUUAGAGUUUAAUAAUUAAAGGCUUUUUAGGAUGACAUUUAUUGCAUGUCUAUCAUUCUGUUUAAAAUAUGUUUGGAGAAAGAAAGUAAACAUGAGCUAGUAGAGUAAGUUCGUGAGGAACUGUUCUGUUGGCUCA